AUAUUUGAUUCAUCAAGCCCUGGUCUUGAAAGAAACGGCUCGGAUAACGAUCUGGUGGUAGAGAGCAGCAAGGGAAGCUCCAAUGAAGGGUCCGACCCAAAAGAUCCAGUGGUCAUCCCAAGCCUCGGCCUUGUUAUAGAUGAUGGCUGCUCCAAGGCUUCGGGCUGGGUUUAUGCCUGUUCCGGUGAUCGGGAUGGUUGCCAAAUGAACCAAGAACACUGCAAAUCCUAUUGGAAGUGGCGCCAAUAUCGGAACAUGGGAGUCCCUCGCGUUUCUCUUAGCAUCGGUGGCGGAGAAGACGGUGUAGACCAGGACAAAAGUGCCGACGAUCUCCGCGCCGAGCCCAGCGCCCUUGCUGUAACCCGAGCUCAACAUGUUCGCGCCGCCUUUGUUGAGCUCGUACGGCCCCUUC